ACUCAUGAAUUUAUGCCUGGCUUACAGAAUCGGGUGGUUUUGUAAUGGUUUCGUCUGAUCUCUUUUGGACGGAUCUGUUUGUGAGACACUUCGUUAAGGCAAAGGAUGUCUCUCACGACGACAUGUUAUUCUUCGUCAGGAAGAAGCCAAAGAAGGGGAACCGUUAUGUCUCUCAAUAUGAAACGCGAAUAGAUGUGUUUCGAAAGGACUCGAAACGACUGCCAAUCGGUGAGCCGGACAUCGAUUGGGAGGAAACCCUAUACCUGAACGUAAUUAUGCAAAAAUUCGAGUACAGUAUGACGUGUGCCGUGUGUACCCGGACCAGUCCUAAAGAGUUGCAAAUCUUGAAAAAGUUUACACAAAAAGUGUUCGCAUCUCCCAGUCGUCGGUCUAUGGAUUGUAAGGGAGAUAAUGAAGAGAUCUCUUAUCCCAACAUAUUCUUCACUGUCGAUAAUUAUGACGAACUUUUAUCCGAAAUACUCGUCAGAGACGGCGAAAUGGUUUGCGUCGAGUUAUUAGCCACUGAUAAGACAGGGGACGCCAAGGGAAUUAUAUUUCUCGGAUCCAUUCAAUACCAGGCCCUUAAGCGCAUACAUGACGCCAGAGCGAGUGUGUCGACUCGGAUCGCCAGGAAAACGCCUAAACCCUACUUCCAGGGACAGCAACGCAUAGAAUUCGUGCGAAUGAAGGGGCCGUCGGGCAAAGGGAUCGCCGAAAUGGCUGUCGCCAAACAAAAGGGCGCCACUUGCGAGACCCCCACAUCGGAACCGGGUUUCUCUUUGACUAGUUUUCAAUUGGAGGACGAAAUGGAAGUUAUUCCAGACCCCGUCUAUCCAUUUGUAUCACUAUUUACUGAUUGUGUGAAAUCUGAUGACCAGGAAAACGAUUACAUUCAGCGGCGAAUGUCUGACCCGAGCUCUAACCUCAAGCACUACAUCAGAGGCUGGCAGCAGAAGAGGGAAGUGAAGAAAGCCAUCUCUGAACAGGAAAUCAAUAACUGUGUCGUCAAUGGAGUCGAUGAGAUCGAGGCGGGAGAUGUCAGGGAC